AAUAUUGUUUAAAAAAGCGUUUUCGGAUAAUUAAAAAAACCACAAUUCCCAGAGGUCAGCUGGAUAACGGAAGCGUCUUCUGUGUUUCUAUGGUAACACGUGCAUUGAACUUGACACUGUUCUCUACAUUAGUAAAACGUGAUUGGCUAAGGUACUGGUGCGGAUUGAUGACGUUAUUAAUCCUCAUUGGAGCAGCUCGAGUGGCGUAGAAAUCUGGAGCCUUGCUGUAUUUGCACAUAGCCUGAACAUCACAAUGAAGUUGAUUCUCAAUAAUGUGGUAAAUGGAGCUCGCCUUGGUGUCAUUAGCAGUUUGGGUCGCAAUGGAGACAAGGUCCUAGAAGUGCCAGGUUGUCUGCUGUACACAAAGACUGGUUCCCCUCCUCACCUUACACAUGACACCCUGCAGACCAUUGAGGGGGUCCCAUCUGUCACCCACAUCACCCUCUCUACUCUAGCAGAACACCAGGAGGUUCUAGAGGAAUAUAAAGAAGGUGUUGGAAAGUUCGCAGGUAUGUCAGACGCUGUGCUUUAUUGCUCAAUUAAUGACCCUGUUUCUCCAAACCCUACUGGAUACAACACAAACAAAACUGUAUCUGUCUGGGGAGGAGGAGGCCGCUUGGAAGUAACACCACAGAAGUUUGUACUCGCUCAGCAAGCGCUGCGGGCGGAUUGGUUUCAGUGCCUGUCUGACGGUGAAGUGAUGCCAGGGGGCAACUCCAGGAAAAGAGCUAAGAAAUCCGUUGAUAGAUCCCUGGUGUUUCUAGAUGAGUGUCUUAAGCUUCUGGCAGAGACCGAAGUGCUGAAGCAGAGUGUUGUGAUUGGAGCAGUGGAAGGAGGUGACAACUUGGAAGAGAGACUCCGGUCAGCUUGUGAGACUGCAAAGAGACCUGUGGGGGGCUUCCUGCUCGAUGGGUUUCAAGGUAGCGACAUGAGCACAGAGGUCAAGCUGUCCUUGAUAUCAUCUGUCACUGGUGUGUUACCAGACGACAAACCCAGGCUCAUACACGGUGUCAGUCGGCCGGACGAGAUACUAGAGUGCAUUGAGAGAGGGGUGGAUUUAUUUGACAGCUGUUUUCCCUACCAGGUGACAGAACGUGGAUGUGCUUUGUCAUUCAGUCACUGCUACCAGCCAGACCCCGAAACUGCAGAUCCUGAAGACUUACACCAUUGGAAAGUUCUGGGGAAGACUGAGAUCUGUGACACAGAGAGGAAUGGGGGCACUGGAACAGCGAGUGCGCAAUCUGAAAACGAAUGUGAAGGAAUUACAUCAUUUGAGAUAUGCUUGAAGGAUAAAAGGUACCGGGAAGACUUUGGGCCGUUGCUACCGGGCUGCACUUGCUAUUGUUGCCGUAACCAUACUCGUGCUUAUGUUCACCACCUACUCACAGUGAAAGAGCUGCUCGCUGGCAUCCUGCUUAUAAUCCACAACUUCCAGCAUUAUUUCAGCUUCUUCCGCUCUGUCCGAGGAGCUCUACAAGAUGGGAAGCUGGAUGUUCUGAAGGAGAUAAUCAGAAGACAAGCUUCUUGAUCAACUAUUUUCAUGAAAACCUUUAUCUUACCAAUCUCUUCUCUCACAUUAGCAGGACGAGUGCAAAUGAAUUAUCACUUGGGCUUUACAUCACAAAUACUCAUUGUUCAUUGUGAAUUCCUAAUGUAUAUAUGUCUCAUAUUAUUGAUCAAUUAAAACAUUGUUUAAUAUAA